AGCCCUCAGAGUUGAGUUCGCUCUCUCCAGCACCCCCCGAACAGUCGCUAGAAGCACCCUCACCGUCGACCAUGUCGGACACCACCGCGACCUCCGUUGAGAUUAACGAUGCGCUCUUCUGCCAGCCGCAUCUCAAGGAGAUUUGCGAGGAUUGUUCCUUCGACGGGAGGGAAGAGAACGAUGCAUUCUUUGGCUUCGAUCCCAUCGAUCGUGAAGGCAUCGAGGCCCCCUCGGCCUCCCCGAACAAGGACGGCGUGUACCAGUGUAAGAAGCACAGUUCGACUACCUGCAGCCAGUGCUUCGGCUGGAAGAAGCAGAUCACCCGCUCUCGUACCGCGGCCAAGAAGGCUGGCAAGAAGGCUGGGGGCGGAUCCAACUUGUAUUAAUGGAUGUAUUAACAGUCUACUCAGUUGCUGUAUAAUAGCCGUAUCAUCCUGGCACAAUGUAACAUAACAAAUAUCUGUACCUUUACGAUAAGUGCGAAUGAAAGGGUCCG